AUGUCCUAUUACGAGAACAACCCUCAAUGGUCCAAUCCCGGCCAGAACAACUGGGAACACCAAGCGCCUCCUGCCCGUGCUGGUGAGUCGGCCCAGUUGUCGCAACAGCACCAAAUCGCAAAACCAGACGCCGGAAUUGACUCGAGGUUCUCGCCAACAGGUGCCAGCGGCCCAACGCCCCAGGACGACUUCGCAUUCUUCUACCAAUUCGAGGAUGUGGUGCGGACACUGACUGCCAGGCCUACAGAGGUUGAUCGUGCGUACGAGAAUCUCGCCAAGGGCGGGAAGUCAUACGGCAUGGGCGGUCGCGGACGUGAGUACCCAACCCCUGGUGGUCCCAAGAUGGGUCCCGCCGGUCAUGGUCCCGCCAGAAAAUCCCUCGACUUCACCGGACGCAUGGGAGCCGGAGCCGGUCCCGGUCCCAGACCGCACUCGAUGAACCAGUUCGAUGAUGCCCGAGGCCACCCCAACUCGAACCUCCAGAACUUUUACGCCUCCCAGCGCCACCAGCCCUCCCGAGGCUCCAACGACGCGGAACAGAUGAUGCAGGCCAAGAGAAGGAUGGCCGCCCAACGGGAGCGGGAACUGCGAAACCUGCACACUGAGCAGCAAUACCAACGAACCGUCGUUUCUGACAUCCCCUACGGUGCCAAGGCCAUGUCCGAGGAGGAGACUCGCGACUUGAUUGCUCGUCAGCGGAGCGCCUUGUACGGCGAGGGUCCGUUUGCUGAGAAGGCAGGUUAUGUUGACGAGAACGGAGUCGUGCGCACUGGUGUCCCGACCCACAGCGGCCCCUCCAGCCUGCGUGGUCAAUCUCCCUUGACCUACGAUCCGGCUCGCGGCCCGCCUCCUCACGGUGAUGCUCACACUCCCGUUUCGGCUACUGAUGCUGGUCCCGGGCCCAUUGCUGGACCCCCGGGCGAACAAGGCUCGCGUGGUGGCAGCAUUGCCAGCCCUCAGCCUAACGCUCCGAGCAACAACAAGAGUGCGUUCGAGUCCGCGGUCAACCAGGCUGCGGCCCGCACCAACAACUCUUCGCCUGGCGGCUCCCCGCCGCGUCAGGAGCUUCCGGCUGGAGCCAAAUCGGGCCAGACCGUUGCUCCCAUUGGCACCCGACCUUCAGGAAACCAGGCUGGAGCCUCGAACCCGUCCUCGAAGAGAUCUACCACUCCAUUGGCAUCCCCUGGCGGUUGGGGCCGUGGAAAUGGGGUGUGGGGCCCCCAGUCUUCCGGCCUGAGCCAGCCUCCCGCGAGCGUCUGGGGCUAG